AUGUCAGUUGUCACUAUAUCAAGACAAAAUGAAGCUUUGUGUGGCAAUGUUCCGAGUGGUAGAGCCUUUGUGAAUUUAACAUUAGAAGAAGUAAAGGGAAAUGAAGCUUUGUGUGGCAAUAUUACAGGGUUACGAGCGUGUGAAAGUUUCCCUUUGAUUAGAAAGCACGUCAAGGAUAAAAGGAAGGAACUUGUUCUCAUAAUUGUAAUACCUCUACUGGGAUCUUUCAUACUUCUAGGUGCAUUCUCUGGCAUUGUUAUAUUGCAUGAUCAAAUAAAAAAAUAUUCAAGAGCGGAAGACAUAGAGGUGAAGAAGGGCGGAUUAUUUGCCAUAUGUGCUUUUGAUGGCAAAGAAUUGUAUAAAGAAAUCUUGAAGUCUACAGAAGAGUUCAGUGAAAUAUUUUCUAUUGGGAAAGGAGGUUAUGGAAGUGUUUACAGAGCACAGCUUCCAUCAGGUGAUGUAGUAGCUGUAAAGAGACUUCACAACAUGCCUAAUGUGGCAAAGGAUAGACGUUUCUUGAAUGAAAUCAGGGCCUUGACAGAAAUCAAGCAUCGCAACAUUGUGAAACUCUUUGGCUUCUGCUCAAAUGCUCAGCAUUCGAUUUUGGUUUAUGAAUACUUUGAAAGAGGAAGCUUGGCCAAAAUCUUGAGCAUGGAAGAAGGAGCUAAGAAACUAGACUGGCAAAAGAGGUUGAAAAUCAUCCAAGGAGUCGCUCAUGCUUUAUCUUACAUGCAUCAUGAUUGUUCACCAGCAAUUGUGCAUCGGGACAUAACAAGCAACAACAUUUUGCUUGAUCCAGAAUACGAGGCUCACGUUUCAGAUUUUGGCACUUCCAAGUGUCUGCAAAAAGACUUCUAA